AAUGGCACCUGUUGCGUUCAAAGGGAAGCGGGGCGCGAGUCCGCGGCUCUCUUACUGAUUAUCCCUCACCGCGGAGCUUCAUCCACCCCAUAAACUACAGAUACACCUCAUACACCUCCAGCUCCUCUCCCGCAGCCCUGAGGGAAUCACCCCGCCGGGGAGGCGACGAGCCGCGGCCGCUGUGUGUCUGAGGAGCCACGGGGGGACGACGGUAACGCUACAGUGGGACACAGAGGGAGCUCUGGCCAGGUCCUGUAACCACCUGUUGCCACGUCGUACCUGCUGGGUGGCGGCCAGCCAUAUCAGGUGUGGCGAGCUGUUUGCUCUCAGCUUUUAGAAGCUGUGGCUCGUCUGUGAGGAUGCGUCUGAGGCGUCGCAUCUCCCCGCUGAAGCUGGUGGUCCUGGGUGGCGCGCUCUUCAUGCUGGCGCUGGUGAUGCUGCAGAAGGACGUGGGUAGCGGAGCUCAGGAGCCCUGGCUGCAGGACCUCUCCAGCAGGAAGGAGCGGAUGCUGGAGAUGGUCCGCGGGGCUGUCAACAACUUGGCCGUCCAGAUCAGAGCACCGCAGCCCCCGUCGGAUGAGCAGCAGCCUACCGUCAAUCAGCAGUGUCCACCAGGCUUCUACACCCAGGCUGAUCUCGAACCCUGGAUAGACAGACCCCCGGAGGACCCGGGUAGCCAAGGGGCUGAGGGCAGAGGCUUCCAGAAAGACAAUCUCUCCCCGGAUGAAACGAAAGAGAAGGAGGAGGGCAUGACCCGACACUGCUUCAACCAGUUCGCCAGUGACCGGAUCUCCCUGCACCGCAGCCUCGGCGAAGACACACGGCCUCCAGAGUGUGUGGAGCGUAAGUUCCGGCGCUGUCCUCCUCUUCCCACAACCAGCGUUAUCAUCGUGUUCCAUAACGAGGCCUGGUCCACGCUGCUGCGCACGGUCUACAGCGUCCUGCACACGUCUCCGGCCGCCAUGCUGAAGGAAAUCAUACUGGUGGAUGACGCAAGUACGGCAGGUCAUUUGCACUCGGAGCUGGAUGAGUACGUGAAGACGCUGAAGGUGGUGAAAGUGGUUCGGCAGAAGGAGAGGAAGGGGCUGAUCACAGCGAGGCUGCUGGGUGCCAGCUACGCCCAGGGCGAGAUUCUCACCUUCCUGGACGCCCACUGCGAGUGCUUCCACGGCUGGCUGGAGCCUCUUCUCGCACGGAUAGUGGAAGAGCCCACGGCUGUUGUGAGCCCUGAUAUCACCACCAUCGACCUCAACAGCUUCCAGUUUCACAAGCCGGUAUCCACCGCCCGCGCCCACAACCGCGGCAACUUUGACUGGAGCCUCACCUUCGGCUGGGAAUCCAUCCCUGACUACGCUCAGGCCAAACGCAAGGACGAGACCUACCCUGUGAAAACUCCAACAUUUGCCGGCGGCCUCUUCUCUAUUUCUAAAGCCUACUUUGAGACGAUUGGAACAUAUGAUGACAAGAUGGAGAUAUGGGGAGGUGAAAACGUGGAAAUGUCCUUCAGGGUGUGGCAGUGUGGUGGACAGCUGGAGAUCAUCCCGUGCUCUGUGGUGGGUCACGUCUUCCGCACUAAGAGUCCUCACACCUUUCCCAAAGGAACUGAGGUCAUCACUCGUAACCAAGUACGACUGGCUGAGGUUUGGAUGGACGACUACAAACUCAUCUACUACCGGCGGAACCAGCACGCAGCCAAGAUGGCCAAAGAGAACAACUACGGUGACAUCUCUGACCGUCUGAAGCUUAGAGAAACUUUACACUGCAAGAACUUUUCCUGGUAUUUGGAGAACGUCUACCCAGAAGCCUUUGUUCCUGAUCUUACACCUGCUAAGUAUGGAGCGCUGAAGAAUUUAGCCUCUCAGAACUGUCUGGAUGUGGGGGAGAACAACAACGGAGGAAAACCAGUUAUAAUGUAUACCUGCCACAACAUGGGAGGAAACCAGUAUUUUGAAUACUCGUCACACAAGGAACUCCGGCACAACAUAGGAAAGCAGCUGUGUCUGCAUGCCAGCCCGUACCCGCAGCACGUGAGGAUAGAGCUGUGCCAGCUGAAGGGGCGUGGCACCAGAGUUUCUCCUGAACAGGAGUGGAUCCUUACUGAGGAUCAUCUCUUGAAGAACCCUUCCUCCAACACGUGCCUCCACCUCAAAGCUAACCAGAUAAUCAUGAGCCCCUGUAACUCAGAAGAUCAGCACCAGCACUGGGUGUUCAGCUGACCUUCCCCAGUCCAGUCCCCCAACCAAAAGACACGAUAAACUCAGUUCACUCGAGCCUGAGUGCACCGACAACCAAAGACCAGCACGAUGCUGAAGUACUGAUACAAACUCAGGGAGGACGAGCGUGAAUGAAGCGUGGGAGCGACUCGUCUGCAGCAGUAUUGUUUACAGGAGGCCGCUGAAUGUGCUGCAACUACUUUUAAAGAUACUGACAGUUUUAUUUAUUCGUUUAAAAGAGCGUGAGGAGGAAAUGCUGUUUUUUUAAACUGUGAUUAUUGUGAUGAAGCACAGCCGACGGCCUUUAUCAUGCCAACGAGACACUGCAGAUAUGUGAUCAUGUUAUAAAAUAAUUUAAUUGUGCAGAAUUGCAGGGUCGUGUCCUGCCAGAAGCCAAGUGUGCAGUAUCUCUUAAUUAUGCUCCAGUGGAGGGAAUUAAAAAAAAAAAGAGAUUUUAUGAGAUUUUAGCCAUUCAAUCAAAUUAUGCCAAAAUAUUAUAUCAUAUUAAUCUUAAGCUACUUAAUUUAAGUAUUUCUAUUGUUCUGCUGGACAGUUUAGGGUGUUGAAUUAAAUUGGGAGAAGAAUGCUGUGUGUGAAUGAACCCCACGUGAAUUUAUGUUCCUGUUGUAAUUAUUAAAGAUUCCUUGUGAAUUUUUUCAGUGA